CGUAGCUCUUUCCUUUUCUCCCACUCUUUCUUUUAGUGUCCUCCUCUCCUGACUAAUACCUGCCUUUCAUAGUCCUCUCUUCCAAAAUCCUGUCCUUUACUCUCUCAAAUCAUCUUCUUUUCUUUCAAACAAACCUCCCCCUCUCCUUUCCACGCAUCUCCUACUCUUUCCUUUCAUAUCUCCCCUCUAUUAGUCUCUCUCCCAUCUCUCUCUCUCUCUCUCUCCCAUCUCUCUCUCUCUCUCUCUCUCUCUCUCUCUCUCCUCCUCCUCCACUCUUCUCUUUUCCAGCAGUGGAGAUUCAGUGAACAGCGGCGGCAGCAGGAGUGUCACAUAGCACGGCAACGACUCGCAAAAAAACUAAGGACCUUUUUUUAUUUUUCUCACCUAUUUAUGUUUUUUUUUUUUUGCAUUGCUUCCUCCUCUUCCUCCUCCUCUUCCUCUUCUCCUCUCUCUCCUUCCCAUUCAGUCAUUUCUUCUCUACUUUUCAGUCCUUUCUUUCUGCCACAUUGGGCUCUUUCCGAGUGCAGCAGUAUGAGGGUACCAUGCAUCACAAAUAGGGUUUCUGUCAUUGCUCCAACUAGAGCAUGUAGCCAUAUGCUUUCUUCAUUUUCCUGCAUCUCAUUGGACAUAAGUAGGCCAUCAGUCUUGUACCUUAAAUACAGUAUGUUAACCUCUGGGCUCAGAUGUGCCUAUGAUAUUUUAAAAAGGUAUGUCUUUUUCUUUUUAAUCUCAAACUAAAUCAUGCAAAUCCGUCUUUCAGUGGCAGACGUGUUGCAGCAGGAGAUGAAGCUGUUUGUUUUUAGGUACACUAGGGUUACAUAUUGACCACUGCUGGGGGAGGAUUUAAAGACAUGCAUGGUAUUUUGAGAGAGAUAAAAAAUCUGAUAUUUCGAUUGGUUGCUCUCCUGCUGUAACCAAAGAGACAGCUUUUGGUGUUAGUUUUUUUGGCAGAUUCUUUCACUUGCUCACUCCUUUUCUCAGUUUUGUACUUCAUUUUCUCACUGGCUCACAUAAAAAAAAAAGACAAUCUGUCGGCAGUGAAGGCACCAGAGUUACAACAAACAUGGGGAUCAUAACGUCCAACAUUUAACCAGUAUGGACUUAUCGGAUGUAUUGACGCCUGUCCUGGCCACGGUGCCGGACACUUUUCCACCAAACUCUUCUUUGGAGAAUAUCAACCAGACCUUGUUUCCUUCCUCGUCGAGAUCCACUCCUCUGCCUCCUUACUCGCAGGUGGCAACGAUGUUCAUUGUGCUGGUGGUCACGGUCAUCAUACUGGGGACUGUGGUGGGGAACGUGCUGGUCGUUGUGGCGGUUUUCACCUGCCGAGCCCUGAGGCCACCUCAAAACCUUUUCCUGGUGUCUCUGGCUUCGGCCGACAUACUGGUGGCGACGCUGGUCAUCCCCUUCUCUUUGGCGAACGAGGUCAUGGGCUACUGGUACUUUGGAUCCACCUGGUGCUCCUUCUACCUGGCUCUGGACGUCCUCUUCUGCACUUCCUCCAUCGUCCACCUAUGCGCCAUCAGCCUCGACCGCUACUGGUCGGUCACUAAAGCUGUCAGCUACAACCGCAAACGGACGCCCAAACGGAUUAAAGCGAUGAUCAGCAUCGUGUGGCUCAUAUCUAUCGUCAUCUCCUCGCCGCCGCUCCUCAUGACGCAGAAGGAGGACGUUUUGGGGACGGAGGAGGAGGAGAGCAACACACAGAGACAGAAGUGUAAUCUCAACAACCAGACGUGGUACAUCCUCUCCUCCUGCAUCGUGUCCUUCUUCGCCCCGGGCGUCAUCAUGAUCCUCGUGUAUUGCAAGAUCUACCGCGUUGCCAAGCAGCGAGCCUCCACCGUGUUUGUGGCGAAGAACGCAGUGGAUCGUCAGGCGUCUCAGUCUGAGACCUGUUUUGAAGGCACUGGCAGGAUUUGUCAAAGAAAGGGUACCGGUUGCGGUAAAUCCCAGUAUGAGCUGGAGAGCCCACGGCCCGCCAACCGACACAGCCCUUCCAAUGUAGACAUCAAAAACAGCCACAGGAGGGGAGAGCUGGACGAUAUCGACUUGGAGGAGAGGAGCUGCGAAGCCGACAUAAAAACCUCCUCCUCGUUUUCCCUGGCUCUUCGCUUCCCAAGGAGAUCCGGGGGAAGUGUGACAACAGAGGAGCGGGUGGACGCAGAGGGCCCAUCAAACAGAUUGAAGCCUCCCCCUCUUCCUCCUCCAUCCUGUGCCUCCAUAUCAUGGGCAUCAUCCGAGAACUGCUCCCACCAAUACCUCCUCCCGUCUCCGGUGCCUCGCCGCAGCAGGCAGAUGUCUCUGUCCAAAAACAAAGUGGCACAGAUGAGGGAGAAGCGCUUCACGUUUGUUCUGGCGGUGGUGAUGGGGGUUUUUGUACUGUGCUGGUUCCCUUUCUUCUUCACUUACAGUCUCCACGCUGUGUGCAGAGAGAACUGUACGAUCCCUGAUACACUCUUCGACCUGUUUUUCUGGAUCGGAUACUGCAACAGCUGCCUGAACCCCAUCAUAUACACCAUCUUUAACCGAGACUUCAGGAGGGCCUUCAAGAAGAUUUUAUUUCACACUCAUAAACGAAAAUAAGGGUGUGUGUGUGUGUGUGUGUGUGUGUGUGUGUGUGUGUGUGUGUGUGCUUGCAGGUUUGGACAGAUAUUUAGAAAUGAUGUGUGGGUUCAGGUCAGGCUCGGUCACAUCACCGCGAUCAGGCAUUGAACAUUUUAAAU